AUGAGACAUUAUCUUCUAUCACCGCUAAAAGCUUUUCUAUUCCUUUCAUUUUUACAAAUUUCCAUCUUAAGCUGUAGCAGUCUAAUUUAUCAGCAAUUCAAAGCAUUAAGUCACUCAAAGUUACGUGCAUUGUAUUCGAAACAUUAUGAUGAUUAUGUGAAAUUUGUAACAGAAUACAAACAAGGAGUUAAGGAUAAUCGACCGGAACCACAUCGCUUGUUGGCUUAUGCUAAAAAUGUGGAAGAAAUUCAAAAGCAUAAUGAGUUGUAUAAACAAGGCAAAUCAUCGUUUAUGCUUGGCUUAACUGUAAUGAGUGAUAUGGCAGAGGAAGAUAUGCAGGACGAAUUUCCGGUGAUCAAAUUUAAUGAUACGGAUGAUAGCCAUAUUCCGCAAAAUUUAACUCAUUUAGUGAAAGCUGUUAAUUGGGUAACUAAUAAAUAUGUCACCGCAGUUAGAAAUCUCAAAAUCGAUCGGCGGUUUUGCCCUGGUGCUAGUUCAGCUAGUGCAGUAGCAGAUGUCGUAGAAGCGCUAGCUAAAUCACAAACCAAAAAAUUGCGCAAACUUUCCAUUCAAGAAUUAUUGGACUGUAGCGGUUCCGGAUGCCGAUCAUAUGGAGAUUUUGACAAGUAUUCCAUAUAUCUCAUGGAAAAGAGGGGAUUGGUGUGUGAGAACAAUUAUCCAUAUGUGAGGGCGGAGAAAACAUGCUUGGUCAAAGGUCAAAGACAUGGAAAGGUUAGUAAUAUGCUACAUGCGCGUCAGGGUCAUCAGACGUUGUUCAAAGCGUUGCUAUCAAAAGGACCGGUUGCUACAAGGGUUUUAGUGACGCCAAAUUUCAUAAAUUAUAAAGAAGGAAUAUUUCGACAUAAUUGCCAACCAAAUGCUUACUCUCAUACAGUUUUAGCGGUUGGAUUUACAGAUACUUAUGUUUUAAUUAAAAACAGUUGGGGCACCGAUUGGGGCGAAAAAGGAUAUAUGCGUAUUUCGAUAAAUCCAAAAGAAAAUUGUAAUUUAUAUCUUGAAUCACUUGCUGCAAUGUGA